AUGGCUUUUGCCACCCCUAGUGGUCCCAAUGAGGUUCUGCGAACAUCGAUGCUUGACCAAGAGAAGCAAAAUGUUGAAAACCCUCCGUCAACAACGCAGCAGACAGAGUCCAAUGAUCCGAAUUACCCAUUCAAUUGGUCUAUCCCUAAGAAAUGGUCUGUAACGCUAAUAGCAUGCUACGUGACCUUCAUCGUCGGGAUCAAUGCGACAGCCAUCACAGCAGCCGCCAGCGAAACCAACACCCGAUUUGGCAUCUCCGAUCAUUCGUUUCCAAACUCAGUCUGGCCAAUCACCGCAUGGAAUACCGGAGCUGCGAUUGCGCCGAUGUUGGUGUUGCCCAUUAUGGAGGAACACGGUAUGCGACUUGCUUAUCUGAUCAUUUACGUGGUCUUCUUCAUCUUCGUCAUCCCUCAGGCAACUGCGAGGAAUUUUACCACUCUGAUCGUUUGCCGCUUUCUCGCCGGGUCGUGCGGUGGAGUGCUGCAGGGCGUCAUGGAUGGUAUCAUUGCUGACAUGUGGAAUGGGCCUGUCCAGCGUAGUCUCCCCGUGUCGUGCUAUGUAGUUUCUCUUCUUACUGGACUCAUGAUCUACGGGGCCUCUGCUCCGAUCGUACUCUUGAUCUUUCGCGAGACAAGGCUUCCGGUCAUUUUGUCCAAGACCCUCAAACGACAAGAGGAGAAACCCCCACAAUCUCACGGUGAAUAUCGGCUAUACCAGCGUGAUGCGCUACACUCGUUUCAAGUGUUCCUAAGGGAAAAUAUCAUUCGCCCUAGCUUUCUGCUAUGCACCGAGGCAGUGGUGUUCUCCUUCACCCUUCUCUCGGGCCUAUCGUAUGGCCUUGUCUUCAUCUCUACGCAAUCGGUCACUCAAGUAUACUCGACCAACUAUGACUUCGCCGAAUCGCAGACAGGAUUUGUCCAAGCAGCUCUAGUGGUCGGCGAAAUCGUCGGCUUCCUGUCUUGUUGCUUCAUCCAAGAUCCUCAUUUCGCACGCACGCUAUCUGCAAGCACACUCAUUCCAAAUCCUCUACUCCCCGAGUCAAGGCUUCACCUCGCCAUACCAGGCUCACUUGUCGGGCUUAUGGGGGGUCUUUUUUGGUACGGAUGGACGUCCUACCCCACUCUCUCGUGGUGGCUUCCAACAGCGGGACUCUUCCUCAUUGGCUAUGGCAGUAUGGUCGUCAUGCAAGCCAUCAUGAUGUACAUCACAGACGCCUAUGCGAAAUAUGCUGCGAGCGCUUCGGCGGCAAUUUGCUUUGGUGAGAACAUCUUUGCUGCAUUUUUGCCGCUCGCAAGCCAGAGCAUGUACACUAGAUUGGGAUUCCAUUGGGCAAGCAGUCUACUUGGACUCGUGGCCUUUGCUCUUAGCUUCGCCCCUGUUGCGCUCGUAUGGAAGGGGGAGGAAACUAAGACUUGUCUCAGGGCCUUUUCAGCCCGGAAGCCAGCCGAAAUGAGUCUUCGGCAGCGUGAGCGGGUCUCUAAUCCGGGGUUGCAGCGGAGCUGGUAG